UCCCAACCCACACACUCCAUGUAUACACACUCACAAAUAAACCCCUCCACGUACACACAGCUUUCAGAUUACAAAUUGCAGAUUGUCUUAAAGGAUCAACUAGGGGGGAUAAAGCCCUUUCUCUGCCAGUCACUCACAGUGACACAACACCUACUGGCUGCAGGGACCGAAUUGUUACGGUCAGAGAGUAAAGAGGCAGACCUGUGGACCAGUAAACCACUGAUAACAGGGUGGCAUAGCUGGUUCUGAUGCAUGACAUGCUUCACAGGGAUUCAUUUUUCUACACCUCCAUAAAAUCCCUUCUCGGAACUCAUUGUGGAUAUGGAUUCUGUGUACCAGUAUUUAGGAUAUCCAGCACAAGCCAACGACGAUUCAGGGACUUCAAGGGAUAAUCUAUGGCUGUACGGCGUGGGUACCUUCAUGGUUCUGUGGGCCCUCGGCUGGCUGUACAGAGACAGUCUGGAGAUAGAGGAUAUCAAGGAGAAGUAUGUGUUUGUGACGGGGUGUGACUCUGGCUUCGGGAACUUGCUCUGUAAGAGGCUGGACCGACGGGGGUUCAGGGUGAUAGCUGGGUGUCUCACAGACAAAGGGGCUGAUGAUCUGAAGAGGGCGACUGGGCCGUACCUAAAGACGGUUCUCCUAGACGUGACGAGCACCGGCAGUAUACAGAAAGCUAUGGAGUACACCAAGCAGGAGGUUGGAGAUAACGGACUGUGGGGCAUUGUGAACAAUGCGGGGCGCUCCCUGCCCAUGGGUCCCUCAGAGUGGAUGAGGCUGGAGGACUUUACCAGUACCCUGAAGGUCAACAUGACGGGGGUGAUAGAGAUGACCCUCACCUUCCUGCCCCUCAUCAAACAGGCCCAGGGGAGGAUUGUUAAUGUAGCAUCAGUACUGGGUAGAGUGGCAGCUAAUGGAGGUGGAUACUGCAUCUCUAAGUUCGCUGUGGAGUCUUUCUCAGACUGCCUCAGGAGGGAUAUCCACUACUUUGGAAUCAAGGUGUGCAUCAUUGAACCGGGUUUCUUUAAGACAGCGGUGACCAGUCUGGAUCCCAUCGAGAGAGAGCUGCAUCGCCUGUGGAACCAGCUCACACCUGAAGUAAAGGCCAGCUACGGAGACAAAUACCUGGAAAAGUACAUCCAGAUCCAACGGUUGAUCAUGAACGCAGUGUGUGACUCGGACCUGAGUAAAGUGACUAACUGCAUGGAGCAUGCCUUGGCGUCUAGCUACCCCCGAACCCGCUACAGUGCCGGCUGGGACGCUAAAUUGGGAUGGAUCCCCCUCUCUUACAUGCCAUCCUGUGUCAUCGAUAUUGGGCUGAAACUGGUGAUGCCACGACCUGCUAAGAGUGUCUAGAGUUAAUUAGCACACAAUACAUUGCAAUAUAAUACAAUAUAAACCCAUACUAUACAAUACAGUACUAAAGAAUACAAAAAUAAUGUAUUGUUUGAGUUCAAAUGUACAGAACGUAGAGUAGC